UACCGACGGGUACAGUGGUCCCUUACUGACGGGUACACAUUUUCCCUUACCGACGGGUACACAUGGUCCCUUACCAACGGGUACCCUUACCGACGGGUACACAUGGUCCCUUACCGACGGGUACACAUGGUCCCUUACCGACGGGUACAUGAGGUCCCUUACCGACGGGUACACAUGGUCCCUUACCGACGGGUACAUGAGGUCCCUUACCGACGGGUACCUUUUCCGACGGGUACACAUGGUGCCUUACCGACGGGUUCACGUGGUCCUUUACCGACGGGUACACGUGGUCCUUUACCGACGGGUACACGUGGUCCUUUACCGACGGGUACACAUGGUCCCUUACCGACGGGUAAACAUGGUCCCUUACCGACGGGUACACAUGGUCCUUUACCGACGGGUACACAAGGUCCCUUACCGACCGGUACACGUGGUCCCUUACCGACGGGUACACAUGGUCCUUUACCGACGGGUACACGUGGUCCCUUACCGACGGGUACACGUGGUCCCUUACCGACGGGUCCACGUGGUCCUUUACCGACGGGUAGACAUGGUCCUUUACCGACGGGUACACGUGGUCCCUUACCGACGGGUGCACAUGGUCCCUUACCGACGGGUGCACAUGGUCCUUUACCGACGGGUACACAUGGUCCCUUACUGACAGAUACACAUGGUCGCUUACCGACGGGUACACGAGGUCCCUUACCGACGGGUACCCUUUCCGACGGGUGCACAUGGUCCCUUACUGACAUGUACACAUGGCUCUGAGAUCAUUAUUUGUUUAAGAUAAUAAC